AUGAGCCGUCCUAUCGUUAUUUCUGGUCCCAGUGGCACUGGUAAGUCUACUCUUUUAAAGAAAUUGUUUGCUGAGUACCCAGAUACUUUUGGGUUCUCAGUCUCUUCGACCACCAGAAAGCCAAGACCUGGCGAAAUCAACGGCGUACACUACAACUUCGUGACGGUCGAUGAGUUCAAGAGAAUGAUUGAGAAUAACGAGUUCGUCGAAUGGGCACAAUUUUCCGGAAACUACUACGGAACGACUAUUGCUUCCGUGAACGAGGUGACGAAGUCAGGUAAGAUUUGCAUUUUGGACAUUGAUAUGCAAGGUGUCAAAUCUGUUAAGAAGACAAACUUGAAUGCGAAGUUUGUUUUCGUUGCUCCACCAUCCAUCGACAGUCUUCGCGAGAGGCUGACUAGCCGUGGUACUGAGACCGAGGAAUCCAUUCAAAAGCGUUUGGAUGCCGCUACCGCGGAAAUGGACUACGCAAAAACCGGAGCUCAUGAUGAAACGAUUGUUAAUGACGACUUGGAUACUGCAUACGCGGAGCUCAAGAAGUUCAUUUUUACCAACUAG